GGGACAACACCACACACAAAAAUGAAGAAGUGAAGGCAGGAAAAGUUUCUCCAGAGGAAAAAUGCAGGGCUUGUCCUUCACCCUGACGUCAGAUCUGUCUUUAAUAAAAUCCCCAAAGAGCCAAGAGAAAAAGGCAGAGUGCUUAAGCUUGGGUUGUCAGUUCAGGAUUGCUCUGCAUUCCCCAAAGUGGUGUUUUCGUUCAAAACGGCUCUAAAGCUGGGUUCAAUCAAUGUAUUUAAUCCCGGCUUCCAGGAAUGAGGUGGCUUUUGCCCUGGAUUCUAGCAACAAGCAGCAUUUUGCAGGCCAUUGCCCAGACCACCACCAUGACCCCCACCACGACAGAGACCUACACGCGGACUCAGUACUGUAAGUGGCCAUGCGAGUGUCCGAAGUCCCCACCUCGGUGCUCGGUAGGAGUCAGCCUGGUCACAGACGGCUGCGACUGCUGCAAGAUGUGUGCCAAGCAGCGUGGAGAAAGCUGCACUGAGGCUGACACUUGUGACUUCCACAGGGGCUUGUACUGUGACUACAGUGGAGACAGACCUAGGUACGAAAUAGGAGUAUGUGCACAGAUUGUCGGUGUAGGAUGUGUCCUCAAUGGAGUCAGGUAUAACAAUGGGGACACGUUUCAGCCCAACUGCAAAUACAACUGCACGUGCAUUAACGGGGCUGUGGGCUGUAUUCCUAUGUGCACAAACUCACGUCCUCCCCUUGUCUGGUGCCCAAACCCAAAGCUGAUUAAGUUAGCAGGGAAGUGCUGCGAGCAGUGGAUUUGUGAUGACUCCAAGAAAAUCAGGAAGACAUCUCCACGGCACAUCUCCUCUGCAGCGUACGAGGGAGAAGAUGAAGCCUGGCAGAAGAACUGCAUCGUGCACACCUCCCCCUGGAGUCCCUGCUCAAAGACCUGUGGGCUGGGCAUUUCCACCAGGAUUUCCAAUGACAAUGACCAGUGCCGGCUCCUGAAGGAAAGCCGCCUGUGCAAUAUGAGGCCCUGCGAGGUGGAUAUCACCAAGCACAUUAAGCCUGGGAAGAAGUGCUUGGCUGUCUACAGGGCCAAUGAACCAAUGAACUACACCAUCUCAGGAUGUGUAAGCAAAAGUCCAUAUAGACCCAAAUACUGCGGCGUCUGCACAGACAAUAGGUGCUGCACACCCUACAAGUCCAAGACUAUUGAAGUGAGGUUCCAGUGCCCAGAUGGAACUGAGUUUUCUUGGAAAAUCAUGUGGAUCAAUGCUUGUUUCUGCAACCUGAACUGCAAGAACCCCAAUGACAUCUUUGCCGACUUGGCUCAUUACCAUGAUUACUCUGAAAUCGCUAAUUAAAUAGGCUGAAUGCUGGAAUUGACCCAUUGCUCUGAUUUUACAGAGGAUUUAAAAUAAAAGGAGAAUCUUCAUCCGCU